UCCGCGCGGAACAAGCUCACCCCCCUUGCCCCGUAGCUAGUUGUCCCCGGCCCUCGCGGGUGCCCGCAAAACCCUCCUUGUCCACCCCCGGGAGGUCAGAGCCCUCGCCCCGCACUCCCCGGACGGCCCGAGUCGGGCCACAUCUGCGCAUCUGGCCGUCGGAGAUCCAGCACUCCCCUGGAGUCAGUCUACCUGCAGCUCCGCCCUUCCAGGUGAUGGUGCGCGGCCACCGCGGCCCCUGGCGCGCAGGUGUGGGCUCCCUAAACUGGGCCGUGGAGAGGGCUUUGGGCAACGCUCUGGCAGCCUCGGCUGCCGCCGAAACCGAGCCCUGCACCUCCCGGAAGACUCCAAACGCCGUGCCCUCCGCUACUAGGGGCUUCUGGAAACCGUUCCCCGACCCGAUUUGCUCUGAGAGGGGGACUGGGAGAUCUGCGGACCUGUAUGAAGGAGGCCUGGGAUUUAAGCUGAGCAGGCAAAAAUGGGCCCCUGCUAGGGGCUCUUCGGCUCGCACGGGGGACCUGGCGGCGCCGUGUCCCGGGAUGUCUCCGGCCGCGCCCGGCUGGCCCCAGCCCCGGCCCGGCCACUUCCCGCCCUGGGCGUCAUGAGUUACUUCCUGUCUUACUGCAAAGCUCAUGGCGGUGCGCUGCUCACCGGCUACCAGGCCCUGCGCGCCGAGGGCUUUCUGUGCGACGUGACUCUGGAGGCCGAGGGCUGCGAGUUCCCGGCGCACAGGUCGCUCCUCGCGUGUUCCAGCGACUACUUCAGGGCCCUGUUCAAGAGCCACACCCAGGAAUCCCGGGCGCCCGUGAUCCACCUGCAUGUGCCGUCAGCGGCCGGCCUGCAGCGCCUGCUGGACUUCAUCUACACCGCCUGGCUGCCGCUCUCCAUGGACACCGUGGAGGACACGCUGGAGGCCGCCAGCUACCUGCAGGUCACCGAGGCCCUGGGGUUGUGCGGCCGCUACCUGGAGCGCCAGCUAGCCCCUGAUAACUGCUGCUUCGCCGCCAACAUGGCGGCGCGCUUCGGCCUGGUGCACACGCUGGGCGUGGCCGAGCGCUGCAUUGUGAGCCACCUGCGGGAGCUGCUGGCGCGGGGCGCGGGCCCCGCCGGGCUGCUGGAGCUCAACCCCGCGUCGCUGAGGGCCGUGCUGGGUGCCCCUGACGUGGCGCGCGUGCCCGAGGCCCGGCUGCUGGGCCUGGCUCUGGCCUGGCUGCGGCAGGAGCCCGAGGCCGAACGGCUGGCCCACUGCGCCGCGCUGCUCGAGCGCGUCCGCUUCGGCCUGGUGCCCACCGACGUGCUGCGGCGCGUGUACUCGGGCUCCGGCCUCACCCUGCCCUCCCGGGUCAAGGGCCUCAUCAUCCAGGCCCUCAACUACCACACGUCGCCCUCCCGCCAGCCGCUCAUGCAGGGCGAGCAGACCAGCGUCCGGAGCCCCCAAACCCGCAUCUUGUUGGUCGGGGGGUGCAGGGGGCGGGAGGUGGUGACCGAGGAGGUCGUGGCCCCCCGGCGGGCAGCCAGGGGGAGGGGCGCCGCGGCGGAGCCCGAGGAAGAGGAGGAGGAAGAGGAGCAGGUGGAGGAGGAGGAGUGGGAGCUUACCCAGGACGUGGUGGCCUUUGACGGGUACAACCACCGCUGGCGCAGCCUCACGCGGCUGCCCGCUCCGCUACUGGGACACAGCGUGUGCGCCGCGGGCAACUUCCUGUUCGUCCUCGGCGGGGAGACCCCGUCGGGCGGCGGCUCCUCCCCCACAGCCGACGGCCUGCGGGCGGUCACGGCCGAAGUGCACCGUUAUGACCCGCGCUUCCACGCUUGGACAACUGUGCCCGCUAUGCGGGAAGCGCGGGCCCAUUUCUGGUGCGGCGCCGUGGGUGAGGGGCUCCUGGCCGUCGGGGGCCUGGGCGCGGGCGGCGAAGCGCUGGCUUCAGUGGAGAUGUACGACCUGCGCUGGGACCGCUGGACGGCGGCCGGGGCGCUGCCGCGGGCCCUGCACGGCCACGCGGGGGCUGUCGGGAACUGCGGCGUCGUGUAUGUCUCCGGGGGCAAGGCGGGGAGAGGCGAGGGCGGCGCGAACAGCCUCCGGGACUUGUUCUCCCUGGGCCCCGGGGAGCAGGCGUGGAGCAAGAGGGCGCCUAUGGGCACGGCCCGCUUCGGGCACCACAUGGCCGCACUGCGCGGCGCGCUGUUCGCCUUUCUGGGGCGCUACGAGCCCUUCUCCGAAAUCGAGCGCUACGACCCCGGCACCGACCAGUGGACUCGGCUGCGGCCGCUACCCUACGACCGCUUCUGCUAUGGGCUGGCCGUGGUCGACGAGACGGUGCUGCUGCUGGGAGGCCUGAAGUGGCAGGACUCACGCCAGGUGCCUACCCGCAACGUGGUGGGUUAUGACCUCGACCUGGACCGCUGGGAGGACACUGGCUGCGCGCUGCCUUGGGCCUGGAGCGGCCUGCAGUGCGCAGUGCUGCAGCUGACCGAGGGUGGGGACGAGGAGAGGGAGGGAGAGCCUGGAGAGGCGCCAGAUUUAGUGCUGGGCUUAAUGGGUCAGUGAGCAAGUCGCGCCUGACCAGGCUUACAGAGCAACCCGUGGGCUUUUCCUUAGGCUUGGCCAAAGAGGAACAUUUCCCUUUACUCUGAGAAUGGGAGACAGGACGGGUCAAAUUUAGAAGGAUAUAUGAAUCAUCUUCAGUGAACUGGGGAUUUCUAGAAAUUCUCAUGCUGGGCUAGACAUGGACUUUGAAAAUAAAACAUGACCCUAUUUUCCCUCUGGUAGUUAGUGUUUCCCAGGCGCUAAACAGUGACUACUUUUGUGCCAAACAGCCAAAAAACGUACCAUAAGAAAUUAUGUACAAGACCAGAAAAUUGUUAGCUAUAAAGACUGUAAUAAAUGGUUCUAGAAGAUGGCAUUAUCUGAAUAAAUAAAUAUUUAUCUGAAUAAAUAGUGAAGGGAAAGUGCCUUGGUUAAUAAACACAUGCAAUCAUUGUAGGAAGAACUAUGAUUUUAUGAUCCAGAAUCAUGGUUAUAGUUUUGCUCUGAUAGUUUAAUAUAGAUAUGGAACUGAGAGGAAAAAAAAUCUCUAAGAAAGCACCAUUUUUUUUUUGAGAAAAUAACUUAGGUUAAGUUUUUCUGUACUUCAUCCUUACUUACCCUAGUCUGCUUUUGCCCUGGCUUUUGGCAGCUCAUUGGUUUUAAGUUUUAUUUCUGCAGCCCUUAGCCAUAAUAAUCAGGCUUCUUUGGCUUAGUGGAACACCUAAGAAAAACAAAUCAAAACCCUAUUUCAUUCAUCCUCUUUAAAUGUUCAUUCUGCAGACAUGCUGUAGGUAAUAUUUGUAAAAAAAUAUUUUUAAAGUUUAUUUUUAGUGGUACCCCCCCACCCUCUGCCCCACCUUCCCAAAAGAAUCACAGAGAAACGAAAGAGGAGUAGGUGAAAUUUUAAAGUUCCUUUCAGGUAAAUGGGAAACCAGCUUGAUUUUGCAGGACCUCAGAGAAGAUUCUUGUAUACACUGGACAGGUGCUUCUUCUGGCUUGUACCACCAAUGGAGUGACAAAGUUAAAACCUGUAACCGGGGGUGGGGUGGUGGGGUGGUGGCGGCUGUGUGAUUAGGUCACAAAGAAAUGUGAUGAGGACUGCAUGAAUAAAAUAGGUGCUUUAUAAGGAUUCAUUAAGAGCUGAAUUUAUUUGACUUCAGUUUACAGUGCUGCCUCUCUCCUAGAUUUGAAACUAAUGCAAUAAAAUGUACAGAUAUAUAGUGUUAAAAGGUCUCUUUCAUGCUAGGCUAGCCACGAGUCUUUUAAAAUUCAUUAGUUUAAUUUUUACCAUUUAAAACAACUUUACCAAAGUAAAAGCCGCUUAGUAGCAACACAGCUAGUCUUUCCAUCAACUGCUCACUGUUUCCAGGGCACAACCUGGCCACUGUAUCCACGACACAUCCAUCAGGUACAGAUAUUUUUAAGUAAAUGUACGCAUUUGGUCUAGUAAACAUUAACAAGUCUAAACACCUGUAACAAGCACACUUCAUUUUAGGACAAGAGGUUUUUGUUUUUUUGCUUUUGUUUUUUUACAUAUACAAAAUCCCACAAAUUUAAUGUGCGUCAACACCCAUGCAGUAAAUAAAUGUUUUUACAAAUAGUUUUUUUAAAUGAUAAAAAUAUUACACCGGACCCAAAAUUCCAUACAAACAUUAAUACAUGAUUUCUCAUCCAUUUUGACUAAAUAUAGGAUUACUGAAAAUGUGCUGUAGAAAGGCCACUCUCCUGUACAGUUGUGCAAAGUCUGCAAAACGAUAGUGAUUCAAUGGUGGUUUCAAAAGCAAAGGAAAAGAUCCCCGCUGUGGAGUUUUUACUUUCUCCUCUACAGCAAAAAUAUUCACUGGCAGAUAUCUGAACUCUUAGAGAUGAAAGUACAUUCAUUCACUGAGCUGUACAGGCAACAGUAUAAAGCUGAUUAGAAGUAGAUUUUAGGAUAUAGAAUAGUAAAGGAGGGUCUCUUCCUCCUCCUAAAAAAACAAAACCCCAAACCAGCAAAUUGUGACUUAUACGUUAUGCAGCCAGACACUAAAAAGCAGCACAGUCAUUAUCAUGCUGUGAUCACUUUCAAAAACGAGAUGCUUAUAAAUGGAAAUACAUGAAGAGGAUUUUUUCAUAGACUUCAUCCACUCUAUAGAACAAAUCAUGAAACUAGGAAAAACCUCUAAAAAUUGUUUCUCUCGUAUAAUUCAAUGUAAUAUAUCUCUGAAUGACCAUCAUCCUCUUGCUCCUCAGGAGAGAGGUACAUUUUUCUUUUUCAACAUUGUUUUCUAUAUUAGAACAUACAUCAGCCUGUAAGUAAACAUAUUUUACUUCCCUGCCUGAAGUAUAAUUAUAUAUAAAGUUUAACUAAUGGACUAGGGGGAAAAUUGACCCUAACUGGGAAGUUGACUCAUUUACGUUUAUACCUUGUAACUUUUUAGAAGUUGGAGUUUAAAAAAAUGAGUUUGGGCUGAAAUUAUAUAUAUAUAUAUAUAUAUAUAUAUAUAUAUAUAUAUACACAUACAUAUAUAUACAUAUACACAUAUAUAUAUAUGUUAGCUGCCUUUCUGGGUGAGUUAAGUGUGUUUUAAAAAAUCCACUCUCAAAGUCCUCUAUACACAAUCAGCAUUUCAUCACUACAAAAAUAAAGGAAGAUUUAAACCAAGAAAAUAAAGCAGCUCUAUCUUCAAUUUUGGUCUCAGUUACAAAAACAUCUUACAAAGCUUUGCCCUGAUACACCAUUAAGUGUCCCCAUGGAUUUGGAAUACUAUUUCCAUUAACCAGCUUUCACAAGUUAAUAGACUAUUAAGACGAAUAUUAGAUACCUGAACUUUUCUUAUGUUGAUGCUCUUCUGUUUUGCUUAACUCUUGUAUGCGCAUCUACAUUUCACAAAAAUAAAACUACAGCAUUAAACUUUG